ACUGACAAUAUGUUCAGUCAAGAAGUUUCAUAAAACAUUUCUUUUUAUGUUGUUUUGUAUUUAAUUUUAGCUUGAAAUAUUAUUUUCCAAUGUUGUUUUGUUGUUCUGUUAAUAAACAAUAAAAUAUAAAAGAUGGUUGAUGAUUUACGAAAGUAUUUGAACCAUUUACUAGAGAAGGUGAACGGUCUUCACUGCAUUAUUAUUACGGACCGUGAUGGAGUUCCAUUGGUUCGAGCUGUAACAGAAAGGGCCCCUCAAUUGGCUUUACGGCCAAAUUUCAUAUCUACUUUCGGCAUGGCCACAGAUCAAGCAAGCAAGUUAGGACUAGGAAGAAAUAAGACAAUUAUUUCUAUGUACUCAAGUUAUCAGGUAAUACAAAUGAAUAAAUUACCAUUAGUCAUAACCUUUAUAGGAAGUGACAAUUGUAACACAGGCCAUAUACUAUCAUUGGAGAAUCAAAUAGAACCUUUCCUGAAGGAUUUAGCGGCUGUGGUGGCUGAUGCACCAUAACUUUUUUAAUUUUAUACUUAACUGGUUAAGAAAUAACAGUCAUUAUUGAGAAGUCAACUUAUAAACUUGAGAUGUUAAGAGAGCUUUUUUUUAAUUCUUACCACCUAUAGUCUAAUUUUUAUUAUAGUAAAUCAGUAUAAUCAAUAUGUAUACAGAUAUAAUAAAUAUAAAUACAGAUUACUUAAAUAUAUGUAAUCUAUAUAUUGAACAUCUAAUAUAAUAUUGCGUUAACAUAAAAAAAAUAGACAUUUUGGGAAAUCCACUUUAAAGAAUUUACAAAAAUUUGGAAUUUUUGUGUUUAUGUAUAUUUUAUUAAUUGUGUAGAGUCAGUGACAUACAACAGUGACAUUAAAUUCAUCCAACUUUAUUGAAUACAAAUGAAUUUGAAAUACAUCUACUACAUCACUAUAUAGUAUGUAGAUGUAUUUGAUCAUUUAUAUGUAGGAGUUUAUUCAUUUCAAACAGGAUUUUACAGAAAUCCAAUUUUAUAUGUAAUGUUUUAAGGAUGAAGUACUUGCUAAUUUUUAUUGAACUCAUUAAAUAAUCUGUAAUAUAUAAUAGAUUAUUGAAUUUAUAUCACACAUUCUCCUAUCUACUUGUUAA